GGAAAAGGGGGGGAAAAAAGCAUUCCCCACCCUUUCUCCUGAACUCACCUUACCAGCCACCUCUACCAUCUCCGUCCGACUACCUCCUGUCGGCAACUGCUCUCGCAUUCCAUUCCCGGAGUCCUACCUCACUCGUUCACCGUCAGCUACUUCUUUACUCUCACGAAAAAGAAAAGAAAAAGAAAAAAAGCAUAUUGGUCUUUCUGUACUCCGGGAACGGUCGCCUUUGAAAACCCACACAAAACCUCGGAGCCACAGCUGAUCGACGUCGUCCGCCACCUCCAGAACAUCGUCCGUCCGCUGCCAUUCGUCGUCGCGGUCCCUGACCUCGGUGGAGUCGACUGAAGCCAGACACGAGUUUGGAUUCGCUAUUCUCAACCUUCGCCGCCAACGAUGCCCGGGGAAGCCAAGCCAGUACAAAGUGAUGUCCACAUGAGAGAUAAAGCUGCAACUCGACCAAACACUAAGCAUUUUGAGGAAGCACAUCAACCUUCAUCUGCUCUAAAGGCCACUUCUUUGAAUCUGGAACGGAAUUACCAUGUCUUCUUGAGUUUUCGAGGUACGGACAUUCGAAACAACUUCCUUGGUCAUCUCUAUGCUGCUCUUGACCAGAAAGGAAUCUACACUUACGUCGAUAGUGAGGAGCUUCGGAAAGGUGAACGAAUAACACCGGCACUUAUUAAGGCGAUUGAGGACUCGCGCAUCGCAAUCAUCAUUUUCUCUGAGGACUAUGCUUCUUCAUCAUGGUGUUUGGAAGAGGUGGAGAAAAUCAUGGAGUGCAAGGAGCAAAGAGGACUCACGGUAUUUCCGGUGUUUUACAAAGUGGAACCCAAAGAAGUGAGAACGCCAAGAGGAAGCUACCGAGAAUCUAUGGUUAAGCAUGAUAACAAGUUUGGGAGAGAUUCAGAGAAAGUGAAGAGAUGGAAGAAGGCUCUCUAUGAUGCCGGUAGCUUGUCCGGGUGGGAUUUGAACGAUAAAGAUGAAGCGGAUUCUAUAAAGAGAAUUGUGCAGGAGAUCUCUAUGCAGCUAGACCGAAUGCCCUUACAUGUUGCCAAGCAUCCGGUUGGAAUAUAUCCACGUGUUGUAGAGUUGGAAUCAAUGUUAAAUCUUGAGGCUGAUGAUGUUCUCAUGAUAGGGUUAUGGGGACAGGGAGGUGUAGGAAAAACAACAUUAGCUAAAGCCCUUUACAAUGAUAUUUUUAGAGGAUUUGAGGCUUCAUGUUUUUUGGCAAAUGUUCGGGAAACUUCAAAAGAUUCUAAGGAUUUAGUUCAUUUGCAAGAAAAAUUGUUGUCCGAGUUAUUACUAGGAAAAGGAUUAACAGUUUUUAGCGUUGAUGGAGGUAUCAAUUUGAUCCAAGAUAGGCUUUGUCGCAAAAAAGUUCUCCUUGUUCUUGACGACGUCAAUGAUGGAAAACAGUUAAAUGUUUUAGCUGGAGAGCGUGAAUGGUUUGGUAACGGAAGCAGAAUCAUCAUCACUACAAGAGAUAACCAUCUAUUAACUUUCCAUGGGAUAGAUAAAGAUCAUAUUUAUAAAGUUAAAACUCUAGAGGAUUUGGAAGCUCUUGAACUUUUCAAUAAACAUGCUUUUCUUAGAAGUAAGGAAAUAGUGAUAAGGAGGGAUCUUGUGGAUAGUGCUUUGCAUUAUGCUAAUGGUCUUCCUUUAGCACUUGAGGUAUUGGGCUCUUUCCUAUGUGGUAGAAGAGAAAAGGAGUGGGAAAGCGCAUUGAAUAAACUUGCUAAAAGUCCUGACAAAACCAUCAAUGAUGUUCUCAAGUUAAGUUACGAUGGACUAGAGGACUAUGCUAAGGAGAUAUUCCUUGAUAUUGCAUGUUUCUUCAAGGGGCGAUCUAUAGAGGACAUUAUAGAAGUCCUUAACAGUUGCGACUUUGACACGACUAUUGGAGUGCAAGUCCUUGUUGAGAAGUCCUUAAUAACUAAAGAAAGGGAGACGGUACAAAUGCAUGACUUGAUUCAGUUGAUGGGCAUGGAUAUUGUUAAACAAGAAUGUCACGAUGAUCCUAGAAGACGCAGCAGAUUAUGGCUUUGUGAAGAUGUUCGUGAUGUUCUAUCAGGGGAUAUGGGAACAAAUGCAGUAAAAGCCAUAGUUUUGGUUUUACCCACGACAGAAGCAAUAGACAUAGGUCCUAAUGCUUUCACAAACAUGAGAAGAUUAAGGUUGCUCAUCAUGAUUAAUGUGCAUAACUCUUUCCAAGGUCCUAUCUGUCUUCCUAAUGAACUGAGAUGGUUUCAAUGGCCUGAAUGUCCAUUUACGAUUCUCAAAUUUUCCCCUGGCCCAAAGAAGUUAGUUAGACUUGAUUUGUGCAAAAGCAACAUUCAAGUCAUGGUGGACCAAUUUAAGGACUUUAAAAAUUUGAAGUUCCUUAACUUCAGUGAAUGUCCAUCAGUGGUUUGUAUGCCAGACCUUGAUUUGACUCCAAAUCUCGAGGAACUGGAUCUUCAUGGGUGCAAAAAUUUGGAGCGUGCUCACGAAUCAGUUGCAUAUCACGCCAAGUUACGGUUGUUGAAUUUAAAAGGGUGCUCUAACCUUUAUCAUCUCCUUGAUGUGCUCCAAUCCAAGAAUCUUCAAGUUCUCAAUCUUACUGGUUGCUCAAAGUUGCAAAGAUUCCCUGAUAUUCCGGAUAAACUCAAAGGCUUAGAAGAACUUUAUUUAAGAGGGACUUCAAUUGAGGAACUUCCUGCAUCCAUAGAAAAUCUUGUCUCUUUGGAGAAAUUGAAUUUAAUUAAGUGCAAGAAACUGGCAAACCUCCCAUCUAGCAUUUACAAGUUGUCAAAUCUUGAGCGCUUGAUACUUAGUGGUUGUUCAAAACUAAAAAAAUUUCCCAUAAUGGAGGAUUUGAGUGAUCUGCAUAGUAAGAUGGGAUUUCCUAAGCUAGUGAUCUUAAGGCUUGAGGGAUGCAAUCUACUAUAAGGAGAGUUCCUAAAGAAUCGUUCAUGCUUUCCACAAUUAAGAGAUUUGUAUUUGUCCAUACACAAUUUUGCUAAGCUUCCAACGUGCGGGCAUCUACAUAAUUUACUCGACUUGCGUGUUUCGGAAUGCGGACAGCUACAAGAGAUUGGCAAGAUUCCAGGGCAAUUGCAGCGUUUAUCGGCAAUGAAUUGUGAAUCUCUAAGUAAAAUUCCCUCCGACAUGUGGGCCGUUAACCAGAUUGACGAACUGCUGCUUAAUAAGCUGUGGCAAUUCCAUGAAGACGAUGAAAUCUCAGAGGAAGACCGUAUAUCUUCUGACAGAGAAGACGAAAUCCUGCCUCGCUGCUUUGGCGACGUUAUGAUUGAUCUCAUGCCUAACUUCCCACGCAACGAUAUCAUGGCUGACUUUUCAGUUGAGAGGUAUCGUUAUCCCAUGAUUCCUACUUUCUACAAAGAUAUUCUCUUUGGAGGAGAUAUGCCAGAGGAGUUCAUCCUUGUUGAAGGCAAUACCAUAUCUUUCAUGGUUUCACAGGACUUUUAUGAUAAGUUCCUGGGAUUAGCUCUAUGUGUUGCUUUCAGUGUAGACAAUGGAGAAAAGGAAAUAUUUUUCGACAUCGUGCCCCAUGUUAAUGGACAAAGAAGAAAUGGGCUAUCAGGAUCUCUCGGUUUAUUUGAUUCAGAUCACAUGUGGAUUCAAUAUCUCAAACCAAAUAUGCUGUGGGGAGUGUUGGGGGGAGUAGUUGAUUUUCUUGAAUUUGACGAGGAUUACUUACAAUUUAGCCUCACACUCAGUGUAUUGGGUGGAACCGUGAAAAAGUUUGGAUAUAUGCUAAGAUGCAAGCAAAUGGAUGAUGAUUUGAAGGUUGUGCUCAAAGACAAUCAAUUAGUGGAUCCAGCUUCAAUCUAUGAAAUGAAGUUCGGAGAAUUCUUAUACAGAUUUCUGCCACGCCAAAUGGAGGAAGUGGAACGCCUAAGGGAGGAAUCGAAACGCCAAAUGGAGGAAUUGGAACACCGCCAGUGAUAGCAGUGACAAUGAAACAGAUUAAAUGGGAAGAGGCGAGGGUAGUAGUGUUGGCAUGCAGCUUUGAAGGAAGCAAUCAUUAAGCUAGCGAAACAAAUUGAGGGUUGGCAUAUGUCUCCUAAUAUGCCAGAACAUCUGUGUCUGUCAUUGAAGUAAGAGAUGGCGUUCAGUUCAAUCUCUAAUGUUAGAUUUGAAAAAUGGAGAGAGGGUGACUUGGCACACAAGACACUUCAAUCCAAUAGAACGUGGUAUCAUGUUUGGCUCAAAUGUCUCCAACACGUGUAGUCAAAUCAUAUCAACAAAUGAUAUAUCAGGUUUUUUCAUUACUCAAAUUGAAUGGAGCUAACAAAAAUACUAAAUUGUAUUGAUUGGACAAAUUUUAAGACUAGAUUUUACUUUUUAAAAGUUUUGGAACUUGAUUA